GAACCCCUUCAAAAAGAGAGCCAGAAGAAGUCAGUUAUCCCCGCCCGUAUCAUGAAUGAUCGAAUGUUUAUUGACUGCUGUGAAAAGAGUACAGAAUGACUAUGGUGAACGUCUGAGAGCGAUUGAAUGGACACUCCGGCAAUUAGUGCAGAAUCAAGAGACGGCUCAAGGUAGGCCAAUGCAUCGACGCCCAUGCACAGCCUGGGAAGCGCCCGACACAUCCCAAGAAGUCUUUCUAGGACCUACAAAUGAAGCUCAAGCUGAGGAUACGGAGGUGGAUACUGUUGACGGCUUGGCAGCCAUGCAUAGCGGUGAUACGGAUACGCGAUUUUUUGGCCCUUCGUCAAAUAUCUCGUUCCUGCGUAUUGUCUCACGGGCAACAUCGGCCGCUCUAAGGACUGUUGGACCUUCACAUCGUCUGAAUCAAUCAAUACCCGAAGAGUCUAUCGCACGCCUGCAAUCACCCAUUGCUAGUACUGCGCCGUCAACUCCCGACAGCCCCGCCUCCAUAAGUCCUCAGGUGCUUCCCGUCGAGUCUCGAGCCGUCUGUUUGAUAAAACUCUAUUUCUCAGACACCGGAACUAUGUUUCCUUUUGUUAGCGAGAAGCAAGUCCUAGCAUCAUACUAUGCUUCCAAAGACAAGCAAUUCUCUGGUCUUCGUCAUUCUUUGUUAUGUCUCUUCAAUGCAAUCUUUGCCUUUGCUACUUAUAUCAGUGCAAAACCAGAGCAGGCAAUCACAAAAUGUGCUACGGAAGCUGACGUUUUUUUCAACCGUGCACUCGCCCUGCGGUCGAGUGGGGCUCGACAGUCAAAUGACUUGGAAGAAAUACAAUCUCUGCUCCUUCUGAGCCUGUACUGCCAGGGUACUCAGCGUCCCGAAGAGGCAUGCACUCUACAUGGUCUGGCCAGAGAGAGAUUCGGAAGCGACUGUGGUUUGGCUGCUUCGUGGUGGAUAGAAAACCUUAGAGCCCUCAGUAUGACGUUAGGACGGCCACCUAUUAUUCAAAACGAACACAUGAAUCUUGAACUUCCACUUGAUGCCAGUCUAGAUGGUCCUUCACACACGGCAAACCAGGUUGGUGAGUACAGCGAGUCUGGACAAACCAACACGACCUGUUUCUUCAUCGCCACAUUAAAGCUCUACGAGAUUAUGGGCACGGUUGUUACUAAACUGUAUGGACAGAAUCUGGAUGAAGAAAUUGCAGAAAACACUGCAGUUCGGAUGCAGGACAUAUUUCUCAUCGAAGAGGAUCUGAGCAGCUGGAAAAUGAGCCUACCCGAGAAGCUACGGCUACGACCUUGGGAAAACUUUGGGUUGAGCGAAUGGUCCCAGCCACAUUACCAUCCAGUAUUCGCCCGUCUCAGUGUUGUGACUCAGCUGCGAUAUCUCAACGUAAGGAUUCUACUCCACCGCCCGGUGCUAAGUCAUCUGCCCUGGAGUAAAAGGACUCCAUCUUGGGAAAGAAAUAGAGAGAAGACCUUUACCGAGCAGACAUGGAACUUGAGCGUCAUCAUCUGCCAGGACUCAGCGGUGCAAAUUAUUGACAUUAUCCACCGCGUGACUGAGUCGAUGGAUCUUCUGGGCGCUUGGUGGUACUCAGUAUAUUUCACUUUCAAUGCGGCACUUGUUAUCUUCAGCCGCAUUCUUCUAUUACUGGACACGCGCAACAGCGCCUCAUCCAGGGCGACAGACCCUCAAGCAGAUCCAAAGCUUGUUUCCGAGUUGACGACCAGAUUAACACGGGCUAUUGAAGCCACUGAGCGAAUCGGCAAGGAUGCAAAACCAGCUAGGCGGGUGCUGGCGAUUCUAGCAAAACUUGUCAGAAUCUGUCUAAUACUAGGAAAAUACGACCCUAAGAAUGGGCCUUCUAUCUUGUCCACGCUCUGCGCCAGAAGCUCACCAAAUCCUUUAGAACCAUCAACCUCCCUCGGCUCGGGUGAAGGUGUGGCUGUUGGAAUACCAUCCAACCCACAAGAGCCACUGGCACCAGCACCAACCCACAUGUUUGAUCCUCUCGAGAACUUGUCUCAAUGGUGGGCGGCAGGGAAUCUUGAAGAACUGGGGGACAUCAUUGGUGUUGAUCCUGGUCUUGUCAGUUUGAUGACAAUGUGA